UUCACUAACAAGUCUGGGCAAAACAACUGCGUAAUACAAUUGUCUAUUGUCAGGUCCAAUAAUGAACAUUAUUUGACUACGCGUAAUUGAGUUAAAGAAUCAGUCUUAGUCUAGUAAUGCACUUUCACUUUUUACAAUGAAUUCAAAAACAACUCCAAGGGACGAUCCAUUAGAUGACGGGUGUGAUAUAAGCAAUGCACAACUCAUCAGGAUACUUUCGGAGCAUCUCGCCCCUUCUGACCAACCCAGAUUGACUCCCCCUGCUGGUACCAGUCUGACUCCUGGUGGUACCAGUACCAGUUUGAGCGCUGGUGCUGAUCAACACAGUCCGACACUGGGUGUGUGUGUGGUCAAUGAUGGCCAGUCCCUUGCCAAGGAGGAGAGAAUCGAAGGUCAAAUUAAGAAACGGGGUCACAUGGUCGUGGCCCCGUUCGAGAGGCUGAGCAACAAUAGGAGCACUUUUACCCUGUCAGUCCCAGACCAGAGUCCAAUGGAGAGGUUCAGUAAGCAUCACCUGAAUGUUACUCAGCUGUGUGAGCAGUCAUGGUGUGAAAUUAAAGUGGUCUAUGGGUUCCUCAAGCCUCAUAUGAAGAGGAGAGAGAUGAGAAGGACUGCAGUGACGACAGGGGCCAGUAUUCAUCUUGCUAGAGAACUGGAGGCAAACCCAGAUGCUGUGACUGUGGUUGUUCAUACCAGAGAGGACAGGGAAGCCUUGAAACUCAUCAACCUGAUACAGAUGGUCCCAGCUCUGGAGGCAGGCCAGCUUGUACGAGAGUUUCCAGUGUUAGGUGUGUUGGAUGGGGUGUUUUUCCUGGGUGUGGUUGAUGAGCUGUCUUGUAGUAAGUCUGGGGAUCUGGUCCUGAGUGAACUGAAGACCCGCAGUCACAACUCCCUGCCGCAUCCUGCCCAGGCCAAGGGACACUCUUUACAGGUGGGUGUGUAUAAGCUGCUGUUUGACUCCAUGGUUCAGGGUUCUGUGAAGAGGGAUCAGCUCCUCCACUUCCUCAAGCUCCGGCCCCACCAGGCCUUUGGGUCAGAGCUCCAGAGGUAUGCCCAGAAAUUGGGCCUCCUGGCAGUCACCUUCGGAGAGCUUGUGGACCACCUGUUGGUUGUGCUACAUUUCUCUAACCUCCAGCCCAUUGACAAGCUAUGCCUGGAAUACAGACAUCAGAGCUCCGGAGUCCUCAUAGGAAACAGGGAGGUAGAGUUUGAGGAGACCCAGCUAAGGGCUGAGCUCAGGGACUACCUGGCCUUCUGGAGGGGGGAGAGGGAGCCCCAUGGAGUGGAUAUUGAGGAUAUAGAAGAGGCUUGGAAGUGUAGGAUGUGCCCCUAUGAGGAGAGCUGUGAAUGGAGGAGGAAUAGGUUGCAAGAGGUGAUGGUUGAUGGCAGUAAGAAAGCCAAAUUGGAUGGUUCUAAAUCCGAGACUCCCAAUUCGAGUCGGACAGUCCCAAAUUGAAGUUUGUCAGGUCUGAGAAUCCAAAAUGGGAGAGUCCAAGGUUGGACAGUCCAACAGUGGAUAGCCUGACAUCUGCAUGACUUCCGUCAUGAUUUUAUGGGUUUACAAUAGGGUUGAAUAGCGGGGAGGGGCCUCCCAUUCUGGGUUCGAGUCCAGGCUCUUUCGCAGCCGGCCGUGACCAGGAGACCCAUGGGGCGGUGCACAAUUGGCCCAGCGUCGGCCGGGUUAGGGGAGGGUUUGGUUGGCAGGGAUAUCCUUGUCCCAUCGUGCACUAGCGACUCCUGUGGCGGGGUGGGCGCAGUGCACGCUGAACCGGGUUACCGAGAUCUACUGAGAUUUCCCGCCCAAACCCACUCCCUUUUUAAUUAUACAGUUUAAGUCGGAAGUUUACGUACACUUAGGUAGGAGUUGUUAAAACUCAUUUUUUUCAACCACUCCACAAAUUUCUUGUGGACAAACUAUAGUUUUGGCAAGUCUGUUAGGACAUCUACAGU